AUGCCCGCCUUCAACCUCGGCGAGUCUAUCCCGCCGCACACGGAGCAUGUAAGCAACUUUAUGGCGGUGAGCGUGUCACUACCAACGUGGAGAGCAAAUGUUGGUUAUGAAGAAGGAGAGGACUGGGUUGUUGGCAGUAUGACCACUGGUUAUCCUCGCUUUUUCAUCCACAGGAGCAUCCAAGCUUUUGCCAAAGACAUUCUGGAGAAAACUGGGCGGAAAGGGCUGGUUGCUUUUCUGUUCCCAACUCGUCAGGUUGCUGCCCGGUGUGUGAGCUUUGUCAAAUUACGCGCUCCUCCUGCCAUCGUGUCAUCUCUUGAAGUUCUGCAUCUGGUUCUUGACCCGGCAAACCCGCAGUCCAAGGCUCUUCGUGGGCUAUCUCCCUCUAUCUCGGCCGUCAUCUGCUCUCCCGAGGGUUUCAGUUUUCUGAAGCAGUAUUGGCAGCACACGGGCGAUGGUGUCUCUAGCCGCAGGGCAGAGUUCUGUCACAGUCUCUUCAAGGAUGGUCUGUUGCGUGUGGAUGAACCCCCCAAGAACACGGCCGCGCCCAUGAGCCCAAAGCCAUGCAGAGGACCAAAGCGUUACCAACGAGGGGGCUCUCUCGACGCAGGAAAGCCAUCAACCACAUCCCAAACGUCAACAACCGUCCCUGACAGAGAGGAGACGUCGCGAUUCUUGGAGGAGCGCUUCGGUCGGAACCUGGAUGUUUCUUUUGUUGAGCCCGCCAAAUCGGCCAUCAAACGGCGAAUUGCCGGGGCGCUCAGAAGCGAUCGUGAACUAACAGCUAGCCCGGUGCCCGAAAAGGAGAUGGAAUCCAAUACCCGUGGUGUUGUCAACCUCCGCGAGGAUGACAUCUAUCUUUUCCCAGCCGGCAUGAACGCCAUCUUUAACGCUCACCGUGCCCUUCUUGGAGCGCGUGGAGGUCUCAAGUCGGUCAACUUCGGGUUCCCUUAUGUUGACACCCUCAAGAUUCUUGAGAAGUUUGGCCCUGGAUGCGUCUUCUACGGCAAUGCGUCCGAGGCCGACCUUGACGACCUCGAAGCUCGGCUGAAAGCAGGCGAGCGCUUCCUGGGGCUCUUUUGUGAAUUCCCGGGCAAUCCGCUCCUCACUUGCCCCAAUCUUGCCCGCAUCCGCGAGAUGGCCGACAAGUACGACUUUGCCGUCGUGGUGGACGAAACAAUCGGGACCUUUGCCAACAUCAACGUUCUCCCCUUCGCCGAUAUCGUCGUCUCUAGCUUGACCAAGAUCUUCUCGGGUGACUGCAACGUCAUGGGAGGCAGUGCCAUCUUUAACCCAAACAGUCGAUACUACUCUGCGUUAAAAGACUUUGCCCGCACGGGGUACGAGGACACAUACUGGCCCGAGGAUGUCAUGUUCAUGGAGCGAAAUAGCCGGGACUUUGCGUCUCGGAUUGAACGGAUCAACGCCAACGCUGAGGCCAUCUGUGAUGUGUUUCGUGAGAACAAGCUCAUCAAGGCGGUCUUUUACCCGCGUGAUAACGAGUCCAGCGCCAACUACGAAGCCUGCAAGGUUCCUGGUGGAGGGUACGGCGGGUUGAUCUCGGUCGUGUUCCACCGCAAGGAGCAGGCUGUUGCAUUUUAUGAUGCUGUUGACACAGCCAAGGGGCCAAGCCUGGGAACCAACUUCACGUUGACAUCCCCCUAUGUGCUUUUGGCUCACUAUCAAGAGUUGGAAUGGGCGUCGCAAUUUGGUGUUGACCCUGAUCUGAUCCGCAUCAGCGUCGGGUUGGAGGACACUGCUGAUAUUGUAAAGGUGUUUGAAGCUGCAUUGCAUGUAGCAGAGCACGGCUCGCAAUAG